AUGGCUCCCUUUAUCACCAAGUUCGAACCGUACGAACCGGAGGAGUACGUCAUCGAUAAGAAAAGCGGUACGAAGAGCCCUGCGCGCCUAGAGAAAAUCGCGAUCGUCGGGUCUGGGAGCUGGGGUACUGCGCUUGCGCGUGUUGCUGCAUUGAACGCGGCCGAGCGGGAGGGAUUUGAUCCCGAGGUCAGGAUAUGGGUUAGGGAGCAUGAGAUACCCGGACGAGGCAAGCUCACGGAGAUAUUCAACCGGACGCACCGGAACGAGAGGUACCUGCCCGAUGUCGAUCUUCCCGAGAACCUCGUUGCGGUGCCCAGCCUGAAGGAAACCGUGCGGGGCGCGACGCUCAUUCUGAUCGUCGUGCCGCACCAGUACCUUCCUGGCAUCCUCGAAGAGCUCAAGGAACCCGGUCUGAUCAGCUCGGGGGCCCGAGCCAUCUCAGCGAUCAAAGGAGUAGAAGUCGUGAUCCAGAAGGGCGCGCCUCAAGGGACCGCCCGCAUCUACACGUACCCCUCAGUCAUCGAGAAGGAGCUUGGUAUCCCAUGCACGGCCCUCGGGGGCGCCAACAUCGCGCUCGACGUCGGACGGGGGGAGUUCUGCGAGACGACUAUCGGUGUGCUGAGCGCGAAAGACGCGGCGCUGUGGCAUGCUGUAUUUGAUGGCCCCACAUUUAGGGUGCACCCCAUCGAAGACGUGGCAGGUGUCAGCCUGAGUGGAGCGCUCAAGAACGUUGUUGCGCUCGCGGCAGGAUUUGUAGAUGGGAUGGGUCUCGGGGGUAAUAAUAAAGCCGCGAUUUUGAGGAUUGGGCUUUUGGAGAUGUCCACGUUCACGUUGGAGUUUUUUCCUGGGAGUUCCCCGUUGACGUUUUCGCAUCACUCUGCUGGUGUGGCGGACCUUAUUACAACGUCGUUUGGUGGUCGUAAUCGUAAAUGUGCUGAGGCGUUUAUCAAGAGCAAGCCUGAGUAUUCUGGAGUUAAACCAGAGCAACGAGGCAAGACUUUCGAGCAACUCGAAAAGGAACUUCUGAACGGGCAGAAACUCCAAGGAACACUCACUUCACGAGAAGUGUUCGAGUUCCUGGAGGCGCGAGGACGCUUGGAGGGAUACCCGCUUUUCGAGAAGGUGUAUAGGAUCUCCUUUGAGGAGAUGGACCCGAAGAGAUUAUUCGAAGAUCUCUAG